ACAGCUAUGGGGAAGCAAAACAGCAAGUUAAAGCCGGAAGUGCUGGAGGAUCUCAAACAGAAUACUGAGUUCUCAGAUGCGGAGAUUCAGGAGUGGUACAAAGGGUUCUUAAAAGACUGUCCUAGCGGCCACCUCAGCGUAGAAGAAUUCAAGAAAAUAUACGGAAACUUCUUUCCUUAUGGCGACGCGUCAAAGUUCGCGGAGCAUGUAUUCAGGACAUUCGACGCAAACGGCGACGGCACGAUCGAUUUUCGGGAAUUUCUCUGCGCUCUCAGCGUAACGUCCCGCGGCAAGUUGGAGCAGAAGUUAAAGUGGGCCUUCAGCAUGUAUGACCUGGAUGGCAACGGCUACAUUUCACGACAAGAGAUGCUUGAAAUCGUAACGGCUAUCUACAAGAUGGUGGGCUCCGUAAUGAAGAUGCCGGAAGAUGAGUCGACGCCGGAAAAACGAACUGAUAAGAUAUUCCGACAAAUGGAUAAGAACAAGGACGGCAAGCUAUCGCUGGACGAAUUUAUAGAGGGUGCGAAGAGCGACCCAUCUAUUGUGCGACUGUUGCAGUGCGAUCCUAGUGCACAAGCUCAGUGAGGCCCUGGGCCAAUACAGACAAAUACCGAUAUGCCAUCAGCAUACCCGAAUCGGAGCCCGGCCCAAUUGAUAUCCCAAACAGAAACGGCACGAUCGUAGAAACUUGUCCUCCGAAUUUAUUGGUUCAUCGAGAAACUUGCUAAAACGUUAUCUUCGUAUUUGAAUUUUUUAAAUCUUAAUUUAAUAGUUGUUGUACUAUGUACUUUUUACUGUAGGAUGUAUAUAAUUUAUUCGCCAUGAGUUAUUUUAAUUAUGCAAAAUAGACUUACUUACUAUUAGGAAAAUUGUUUCGCUUCACAAACGUUCUUUACUCGAGGACGAUUAAUGCAUGAAAUAUGAUUGUUGGAUAAGCAAAUCAUUCUGCGUUUUAAUUAUAGAUUAUAUAGGGCACAUGGAAUAAUAGAGAAAAAAAUCAAGAUUUUUUCCUUUAUAAUUAAAAUACGAUUAAUGAUAAAAUCUUUUAGUUUGAAUCGUAAUAAGUUAAUAUUAUUUGAUUCUUAAAAGCUAUCUGUCUUGUGAAAUUUCUCCGUGAAUAUUUUAUUUAUUUGAAAAUUGAAAAAGUUGUGUAAAAAGAACGAAUCGCAAUCUUUAGGAUCAACACGAUCGUUCAAAUUGAUAUCUUCUGAUACCGAUGAUAAUGGUGAUAAGUUAUAAAAAAAAUGCAUUGCCUCCAUUACUCGAAGAUAUGGUCUUGGCGAUUUCUCGCAGACAUUCUACGAUCACGCGCGUUACACGUGUUUGUUAGGGCUUCUAUAAAUUGGGCCGGUAUCCGAGAGGUCCCAGGGUCACUGGGCCCAUGGCGCUUGCGCAUACCGCAAGCUAGUCGACAAGACUAGUCCAGUCGCUCCGUUUCGUUAAAACGGAUCGGUUUAGCGAGAAGCUUGUUACGCCUUUUCGGGUCGUCUGUGCUGCGCUGCGCACGACCAAAACGAUCCGCGGAGAAGCCAUCCCGAGAAAUGCCCCCGGCGCGAGAAGAGGGAAGCCGGUUCGCGUCGAUGAAAGAUUUAACUUUGAGUCCGACGUUGCGUCGAUGUCGUCGUCAAUGGCGAAUUUCGCCGAAGGUUCAAAGUGCAACGCGAGACGCGAUUAGCGAAAUUCUAAAAUACUCUGUGUUCGUAAAAUAUCUCAGAUUAUCGGUAGCGCGGAUGCAAACGAAAACUCUACGACGGGCGAUGACGUUCGAGUUUCUCUGGAGAAACGAACGUCUUGCGCGUCUCAUCAAUAGUGGAUCCUUGUACAUACAAGUAUAAUCGCAUCUACGCAACGUCGGACUGACGUUUCAGCGUUACGAGUUCUCGAAAGCUCGCAGCUCUUAUUGUUAUGUGGACUGUAUUGACAUCAUAUUGAUAUUUAAUACCGAAGACGCGGACGGACAUCCAUCUCUUCUCGAUAACACCCCGGUACCGUAUCUCCCGCCCUCGACGGAUCCUUCCCCCGAGUGUCUCGGCUCAUUAUUACGGACUGACCCAAUAACGGAAAAGACUCACAAGAGACUCACACUCGCGUUGCGUCUUAUUGCGCGCUAGCAACGAAACUUAGCGAUUAGAGACCCGUGAUCCCAGGCAAAGGUCACUGCGAAAUCGAAAUCGCGCGCUAGUAAGACGCGCCUGUUGGUUAAACACACGCACAUGUACACAGAUAUAUUACACGCUUAGAGACCGACUUAGUGCUUGAUCUAGCGGAAGGAAGAAACGACUGCGUAACGCGACACGAUUGUCACACCGAUAUGCGAACACGUCGAAAAUGCUGCGAAGAAAAUACUCUCGAUUCGACGUAUCCGUAUUGCUUGAAUGUAGACAGGAGCAACUAGUUUAUCGUCUCGUUGCGAUAUUUCAAGACUCGCUAUACAAUACGUUUUGGCGAUCCUUGAGAUCUCGCAGAGCUAUCCGAUCGAAUUCUGGGAAAAUUUGUCCUUUAAUAUUGCUAUUAUAUUCAUCUCUCGACGUCAUUUUGCCAUUUCUAGUGACCUUUGUCGUCUACGGCGGUACAGUAGAGGAUGAACAUAAUUGUAGUCGGAUAGAGCAUACAGGUUUUCGCCUCUUUCCUCAAUCUCGCUAAGGGAAAUGAAAACGCAUUCUUGCCGAUCAGAGCGACUGGUCCCAUCUCCCUCCCCAAAGCUUUAGCGAAGAAAUCGCGCUUCGCCGAGCGACCGGAUAAAAGAAGAAGAAUCUUCACGCGCGCACGCGUGCCGUAUUUAGAGAUUUAUUUUUGUGAAUGCGUGCGUCCUGUGUGAGCGUAAGGAGUAUGCGUAUAUGUACCUCUAUUCUGCGUAUGCGCGUGCCCCGUAUAUAAAGAAGCGAACGCGAUAAAGAGACGGCUCGAGGUGCGAGCCUUAUCGCCCCAUCGUCCGAUAAGUAUCGAUCAAUUAAGAUCGCGAUAAUUAUAUAUACAUAAUAUACACACACAUACACAUACACACACAUAUAUACUUAACAUUAUUCAUUAUUGAUGAAAAUAGAGAAUGACAAGAGAGUUCGCGAAUACACACGCAACAGUUGAUUUUGACGUUUUGGCUUGUAACGAUUUUACUUGCACGAUCGGGCGGCAGUCGAGUAUAUAAUGGAUUACGAAGUAAACACGAGCGUGCAACAUAAACGAUAUUUUUCGGUGUACGAUGGAGAGAUGAUCUCCGACCGAGAGAUGGCUUACUAGUUGUCUGUCGAGAGAGAAUGGAUUCUCCUAUAUAAUAUUAUUUUCAGUUCGCCCUU